CCAGCACACGUCCAUGUCACACCUCUGCUGCUGCGUGGAUCUGGAACAUUCAUCCUCCUCCUCCUCCUCCUCCUCCUCCUCUUCAUCCUCAUCUGGGAGGCUGAUUUAGUGUUUCCUGCGCGCUGCGUGGAAAAAAAAAUAAAAAGGCAAUACUUGAGGAGUGACGACAACUUUCCUCCAUUUUUCUGGCGCACACGAACGAGCGGCCGCGGAAGCAGCAACAGCAGCGGGAGGAGAGCAAACUGAGAGGCGGGCAUCGGGGGAGCCGCCCGGCCGCCGGCGGUGGUGCUCUGCAGCCCCGGGGAAGCGAGCGAUGUCGCCCGCGGAGGAGCGUCGCUCGCCGGGGUUCGGCGUCACGGAUGCUGCGGCUCCUGUUGGACUGCUGGUGGUGCUUUUUGGGACCGGACUGGGCUGAAUGAUGUUUGUGCAAACAAAAAAAAAAACAUGUGCAGGAGGAAUUUAUUGUGACUUUUACAGGCGAGUGGACAUUUUUUUUGUGUGUGAUGAUUUGCAAACAUAUGGAAAGUGCACUAAAGUUGAGGACUCAUUUCCUGGACUCACAAUGGGACAUGUGAUAGUUUCUUGACAUUUGGACACCACCAUGGCUGUGAAGAGCACUCCAUUUGCUCUCUUUUUAAUUGCACUCUGGACCGCGGCGGCUCCCUUUUCGGGGCUCCUCAAUGCCGCGGAGAAUGACUUUUUUCUGGAUGACUUGCUGCUGAACAAGCCGUCGCGGGACAGCGUGGCCAAGCAGGCGCCGGUGGCGGCGUCUCCCCACCCCAUCGUGUAUUUUAGCCAAGAGGACGUGUCGCUCAUGAGGAAGCGGUCCUCCACCACCCACAGCCACAUAUUUAAAAUAAUCCGUGCGGGUGUGUCGACUAUGUUGUCCAACACUCCUGUUUACCUCCCUCCUGUCGACCAUGCGGUGUUUAAAAGCAAGUGGAAUGAGUUUUAUGGAAACAACCUGCCCCACGUGGCUCUGUACUGCCUCCUGGUACCAGAGGACUCUGAUGCCCUGCAGUUUCUCCUCAAAUUCAUGGACAGGAUGGAAGCGUACCCAGACUGGACUGUGACCACUGCGCCCAAAGACGAAGUCCCCAUAGCACACGCUCUCACGGGGUUCGCCACGGCCUAUGACUUUAUUUAUCCCUACUUGGACAAUACACGCAGAGAUGUUUAUCUCAAGAAAAUCCGGUCUGUGACAGCCGAGAUGCACGAGUAUGCCAAGUACCGGGCGUGGGGCAGACAGUAUAUCCACAAUCAUCAGACCACCAAUGUCGUAUCCAUCCUGAUUGGGGCCAUCGUGGUGGGCGCACAUGACAACCAGGAGUCUAUGAUGUGGAAACAAGUGGCUGUGAACUUAAUGGAGAAAAACAUGUUCCUGCUGAAUCAUGCCGUCGACGGCUCGCUGGACGAGGGGGUCGCCUACGGGAGCUACACAGCCAAGUCCAUCACACAGUACGUCUUCUUGGCGCAGCGGCACUUCGGCAUCGACGGCACACAGAACAACUGGCUACAGAAACACUUCUGGUUCUACUACGCCACCAUCUUGCCCGGCUUUCAACGGACAGUGGGCAUCGCAGACUCCAACUUCCACUGGUUCUACGGGCCUGAGAGCCAGCUGGCGUUCCUGGACGCGUUCGUCAUGAGGAACGGAACGGGCAACUGGCUGGCUCAGCAGAUUCGGAAGCACCGAGCCAAGGACGGCCUCUUGGCAAUUUCGCCAUCUCAUCUCUGGGUCACGCUCCACACAGAGUUCAUCUGGUAUGACCCCAGCCUCACCCCGAAACCUCCAGAAGACUUUGGCAAAGCCAGGAUGCAUAUUUUUCCCAACUGGGGCGUUGUUACCUAUGGAGCUGGGCUACCCAGCGGUCAGGGUAACACCUUUGUGUCCUUCAAGUCUGGCAAGCUGGGUGGCCGUGCUGUGUACGACAUUGUGCACGAUAAGCCCUACAGCUGGGUGAACGGCUGGAACAGUUUCAACCCAGGUCAUGAGCACCCAGAUCAGAAUUCUUUUACGUUCGCUCCUAAUGGCCAGGUGUUUGUAGCAGAGGCCCUUUAUGGGCCAAAGUUUACCUUUCUUAACAAUGUGCUGGUGUUUAGUCCGUCUCCUACCAGUAAGUGUAACAUGCCAUGGGAGGGUCAGAUGGGGGAGUGUGAAAAGUGGCUGCGCUGGAAUGCCCAAGGGGUAGGCAACACUCGGGGCGAAGUAAUCACAGCGUCUUCGCACGGGGACACCAUGUUUGUGAGCGGUGAAGCCGCCUCUGCCUACUCGUCCGCCAUGAAACUGAAAAGCGUGUACAGAGCUCUGGUGCUGCUCAAUUCCCAAACGCUGCUGGUGCUCGACCACGUGGAGAAGAAGGCCGAUUCCCCCUUGACGUCGCUCAGCGCUUUCUUCCAUAACCUCGAUAUUGACUUCAAAUACGUCCCUUUCCGAUUCAUGGACAAGUACAAUGGUGCAAUGAUGGACGUGUGGGACGCCCACUAUAAAAUGUUUUGGUUUGACCCCAGUGGCCGCAGUCCAGAUACCCACUUACAGGACACAGAACAGUCCUCUGAGUAUAGGACAAGAUGGACUCAGUAUGUUAAUGUGACGUACCCAAUGAAAAGCACAAUUACCAGAGCAGCAUAUGUCUUUCAUGGACCACAUGUCGAAGUGUCCAACUGUAAAUUUGUGGAUGCCAGGAAAAACGGCGUGACUAUCUCUCUAACUAUUAACAACACAGAGACGCUAGUUUCCAUAGCGACAGAUCAUGAAAACAUUAAGGCGAGGGCGGAAUAUUUAGGGUACGGCGGUCACUGUAAACUGGAGGAUCGAUACCAAAUCACUCGUUUCGGCCUCGGCACGCAGGUGCAGCCUGAAAAAACAAGCAGUGGCUAUCCGCUUUUUGAGUUUGCCUUCACACUCAAUUUUAUGGCAGGUGUUAUCCUCUGCAUAGGCUGCGUCUUCUUUAUCACCCAGAAAAAGUUUUACAUCUGCUGCAGGCCUCGCCGGCUGAUGCGCUACACCCUCAUCGCCGUGCUCAUCGUGUGGCUCACCCAGCUGCUCCUGGUGUCCAACAGCUGUGAUAAGCUCCUCUGCAGGGUGAAAUGGAAAGGCAGGGGCAGCCAAAACGAAGCCGACCAACAAGUCACGCUGCCUGACAAGCACCAGAUCCCCCUCCCCACCGUCCUCAUCACGACCCUACCCGGCUCAGGGUCAGAAAUACUCAAGCACCUCUUUUACAACAACUCAGACUUUGUUUACAUCACGGUUCCCACCGAGCUUGUGGACAUUCCGGAGACAGAGUUUGAGUUUGAUUCCCUGGUGGAUGACUGCGAGUGGUCUCGAGCAGAGGCUGAACAAGGGCGCUUUAAGGUAAUCCACGGCUGGCUGGAUUCGCUGAUCCAGAACCCCAAGCUUCACCUGCAGAACAUUCAGCUGGGAGAGGAAAGUCAGGACAACCUGCUCAAGAAAGACAGGUCCUCUCGGAAAGGAGAAUGGUCCAGGUGGACGGCGCUGGCACAGGCCAACCUCGUCAGGGAUGUGGCGUACAUCAGGGAGCAGAGGCGCCACCUGGUUGAGUACCCAAACAGCCUCGUUGUCCUUAACAUGCGCAGUGGGAGCUGGCCGCUGAAACUGCCUUUCAUUCAGGAGGUCGUGGGACCUUCCCUGAAGACCAUCUACGUGGUGAGGGACCCUCGAGCGUGGAUUUAUCUCAUGCUGUAUAACAGCAAACCCAGCUUGUACUCUCUGAAAAACAUCCCUCAGCACCUUUCCUUGAUAUUCAAGGAGGAUGCUGUCAGGGAGGGAUGCCAGACCAUGGCGCCUGAGUUCAACACCCUCAGGAGGCUGCUGGCUAAUUCCGAGAGCGACCCGGUCAUGAUCCUGGCUCACCUGUGGCUCGCUCACACCGACGCCGUGCUGAGAAUCAGCCAGAGCCUCCCCGAGGGCUCUUACUUUCAAGUGCGCUUCGAAGACGUGGUCAACUUCCCCCUGGAGACGGCGGAAGGCAUCCACGCCUUCUUAGGGGUGCCGCUGUCACCCGCCGCCCUCAACCAGCUGCAGUUCACCACCUCCACCAACUUGUACAACCUCCCGUACGAGGGGAACAUUUCCCCGGCCAGCGUCGCAGUGUGGCGGCAGAAAAUGCCGGAACGGGACAUGAAGCUGGUAGAGGACAUCUGCAGGAACGUGAUGAAGAAACUAGGAUAUGUUAACUGAUUUGCACUGAUUUAAAACUUCACACUUUCGGGGCUAAUCGAGGUGUCCUGUGUCUUAUGGGGUUUACUGGUGUUUUUUCUUCAAGGGCCAUUUUAUAUUAAAAUGGAUGUGUGGGUGCUGGUUUUAGUCUGUCCUGAAGCAAGUUAUUCUAGUUUUUUUUUGUUCUUCUUUUACCUCAAAAUGUGAUGUUAUGUUCAAAGAUUAUGUGUUUCGAAGUGAAUGAGCACUGCUGGGAUGUCUGAUGAAGAUUAAAUAUUUAUUGACCUUUAUUUUGGCGAGGGCCGUCAUGCUGCUUCCCUUUAAACGCGUGUGCAGACAAACCAGUUAUUUAGCGGAUUGUAUAUCGGGGUUUAUUUGAAGUUGAAGUGCACUUUCGACUGUUUUUGGAACACAGGCGAUAAUUGUAUGCACCUUUAAAGAUAGAAGUGUGAAGGAUAUAUGGCUUCCAAAGACAAGACCGGGCAUGAAUGUGAUUAUUCAAACUCCCUUUCGGCAUUUAUUGAAUUAGAUCAGAGGAAAGUGUUUAACGGGAUCCAACUGGAAAGAAAAGGAGAUGUGCUGUCCCCCCCCCGCUCGCCCUCGCCCCACCCUCAGCAACUUGCGUUAAUCUGCAAAAUGUCACAAAUGAAGCGUUUAGCUUGUCGGGGCGUGGAGGAAGCGUAAACAGAUUCCAUUUCCUGCUUCGCUCAAUCAGACUUUUAACGAUCCCUUUUUAAUAGAACAGGGAGGAAGGGGGUGUGUUUGCAUUGGGUGUUGGUCCCAACAUCAACAACACCCGCCCCGCUUUGAUUGUCGAGCCCGUUACCAUUUUCUAUGACUCUUUAAUGUGGCCUUGAUCGACGCCUCAUCACAGUGGUUGUCCUGUUGUCAUAGGAAAUAAAUUCAUCAAAAUGUGA